CGUCUCGGACAAAAGAUGCGGACAAACGUGCUGCCCGAGCUCCGCUAAGAAACAGUGAAUUACCCGGGAAAAAAAGAAGACGAGAAGCGGCCAACAGGUGUUUAGUAGCGGGCACUGAACUCUCCUCAGCGCGCCGCCAAGAUGAUGUUGCCGUGCGGCACGCUGUUGCUACUGGUGGCUCUGUACUCCAGCUUAGACCUGACAGAGGCUGAGGGUUGCGGAGAAUCUUGUGGAAAAUGUGACUGCAGUGGUGUAAAAGGCGCAAAGGGUGAACGUGGAUUUCCAGGUCUUCAAGGUAACAUGGGAUUCCCAGGGAUGCAGGGACCUGAGGGGCCUCCAGGGGCGAUGGGCUUCAAGGGCGAUGCAGGUGAACAUGGAGCUCCUGGGCUAAAAGGAGUGCGGGGUCCUCCAGGUCUGCCCGGUUUCCCAGGAAACCCAGGACUGCCAGGCAUCAAUGGAAAUGACGGCCCACCUGGUCUGCCAGGUAUCCCAGGAUGCAACGGGACUAAAGGAGACAGAGGAAGAGAUGGUAUUCCGGGGUUUGCUGGUACUCAAGGACCUCUUGGCCCCCCUGGAGUCCCUGGAAUGAAGGGAGACCCUGGUGGUGUGAUUGGGAUUAUUCCCCUUAAAGGAGACAGAGGCUUCCCUGGCACACCUGGAUUACCUGGAUCAAAUGGACUUACUGGACCAAUUGGACCACCAGGACCUCGUGGCUAUCCCGGACCCAAAGGUGAUCCUGGCCCCCCUGGCCCCCCUGGAGAGAAGGGUGACAAGCUGGCCUUUGUGAGUGAGAAAGGCGAGAAGGGUGAGAGAGGGUAUCGUGGCCCCCCUGGUCCACCUGGGCGCCCAGAAGAAUUUGAAGGAGGCACCACUGUGUACUUGCCAGGACCACAAGGUGACAAAGGACUAAAAGGAGACAAAGGCUACUGUGACCCAGGUCAGACAGGCGUUAAAGGUGAACUCGGCCCACCAGGACCACCGGGUAAACCUGGCAAGGAUGGAGAAGAUGGGCUGAAGGGAGAAAAAGGCUUUCCUGGUUCUCCUGGCUACGGUGGUUCCCCUGGUGAAAAAGGAGAAAGAGGACCACCAGGUCAUGGGGGCGGUGCUCCGGGCCGUCCAGGUCCUCGUGGUCUCCCAGGGCCUAAAGGAGACAAAGGUUUUCCUGGUCCACAGGGAGAUGCCGGCCCACCAGGCCGUCACAUUGAAGGGCCUCGAGGAGAGACGGGUGAGAAGGGAACCGUCGGAGAGAAAGGAGACAGGGGUGUAGAAGGAGAGUCUUUGGUCGGUCCCCCAGGUCAACCAGGUGCCCCUGGACCCCCUGGACCCCCUGGACCACUAGACGGUAUAUGUGACAUGGAGAAAGGAGCUCCUGGUCCAGCUGGACCUCCAGGGUUACAGGGUGAAUUGGGACAGAAAGGUGACAAAGGAGACACCUGUCUUCAAUGUGAAGAUUUUGGCCGACCUGGAUCACCUGGCCUUCAGGGUCCUAAAGGAGAUCAAGGACCUCCUGGGCAAAUAGGCAGCAAGGGAGACAAAGGUAGACCUGGUUCACCUGGAGAACCCGGAAGACCUGGCUCUCACGGUACCCCUGGGUUGAUGGGAGCUCCUGGUGCUGUUGGUGAGCCGGGAGAUGUUUUUGUAGCUCCUGGUCUGAAGGGGGACAAAGGUCUGCCUGGUUUUGCCGGUUCACCCGGACGGCCUGGACUGGAUGGACAGCCAGGGAGGGAUGGGUCACCCGGUUUACCUGGCCUCAAAGGAGAACCUGCCAAAGAGGGCAUUAAAGGUGAACGUGGACCACAAGGAGAUCCUGGUCGCCCUGGGAUUACAGGAGAGAGGGGUCCACCUGGACUGCCAGGCUAUGGUCGACCAGGAGAGCCUGGAGAGAAGGGCAGUCAGGGUAGACCAGGCCACCCUGGAUCACCAGGAGCACCUGGUGCUAAAGGAGAGCCAGGUCAAAGUGAGAGCAUUCCUGGACCUCGAGGAGAACCUGGACCUCGAGGAGAAACUGGCAGACCUGGAAUUCAAGGCAACAGAGGCCUGCCUGGAGACCAAGGGCUGCCAGGUUUUCCUGGGUCUAAAGGUGACCAAGGAAGUCCUGGUAUUGGUUUUCCUGGUCCAACUGGUCCCAAAGGAAUUAGUGGAAUUCCGGGCGCUCCAGGAUUACCAGGAGAGCCAGGAAGACCAGGGGUGGAUGGCUCGACAGGACAACCUGGUUCACCUGGACAAAAAGGUGAACCUGGAAGAGGUCUUCCAGGACCAAAAGGUCUUCAGGGCCAACCAGGAAUUACUGGCUUCCCAGGCGAGAAAGGAAACAUUGGCUUACCUGGUGUUCCUGGACGAGAAGGCCUGACAGGACCUCCAGGUGCUCAGGGAAUCAAAGGUGAAGUGGGACCACCAGGGCUUCCAGGACUAAUUGGCCAACCAGGUCCUCCAGGAAAAGGUUCCCCCGGUGCUCCUGGACCACAAGGACCACCUGGAGAGCCAGGGCCAUUCGGUCGGGGAGGCGAAAAGGGAGAAAAAGGAUACCCAGGUCCUCCUGGUCUGGACAUGCCAGGACCUCAGGGAGAGAAGGGCCCCCCUGGCUUCCCAGGCACACCAGGAAUUAAAGGACUGCCAGGGCCACCAGGUUUACCUGGCAGAGAUGGGCUGAUUGGAAACCAAGGUCCCAAAGGUGAAAUGGGAGUCAUUGGUACACCUGGUGUACCAGGAUUUCCAGGACCACCUGGUACACCAGGAUCUCCUGGUCUUAGAGGUGAUCCUGGUAUUACUGGGCCAAGAGGUGGCCAAGGGGGGGCUGGACCUAAAGGAGAAAGAGGAGAGCCAGGUCUUCAAGGUCCUCCCGGAAACAUGACAGAGUAUGAUAUGGAGCACAUGAAGGGAGAGAAGGGAGACACUGGAGAUAGAGGUGAUCCUGGAUACACAGGGCAGAAGGGCCACCGUGGACUUCCUGGAGACCCUGGACUGCCAGGCAAAGAUGGAGAACCUGGACUACCUGGACAACCAGGUCAGAAAGGAGACCCUGGUGUUCCUGGAGAACCUGGCAGUAUGGGACCACCUGGUCAUAAAGGUGGUGUAGGAGAGAUGGGGGUACCAGGUCCUGUUGGUCCAAAGGGUACUAAAGGAGACUAUGGCACACCUGGACAUCCUGGAUUCAGAGGCACUGAUGGAUCAAAAGGAGACAAGGGAACAGCAGGUGACCCAGGUAUUGGGAUCCCAGGAUAUCCAGGAGAAAAGGGCCAGACAGGCCAGCCUGGCUUCCCAGGAUCUCCUGGAGAGAAGGGUCUGAGGGGUCAGGAGGGGAUGCCCGGAAAGCCCGGACUGCAGGGAUCCAAAGGAGAAAAAGGAACCACUGGGUAUCCAGGUCAGCCUGGUAGACCUGGUGAGAAGGGUACACCUGGUCUACCAGGAUCGGCAGGAGAACCUGGACGUGAUGGUCGACCUGGUGAGGCUGGCUUGCAGGGACCUCCUGGACCACCUGGAGAGAAGGGAGAACCUGGAGUGGAUGGUAUCCCUGGAUUCACAGGGGAGAGAGGAGAGCCAGGUAUACCUGGUCGUGGUUUCACUGGGCCCCCUGGUUCUCUUGGUAUCAAAGGUGAUAAAGGCAGUCCCGGCUUCCCCGGCACUCCCGGUCACCCUGGCGUCCCUGGUAUCAAAGGUGAUAAAGGACUACCAGGCCCACAGGGAAACCAGGGUGAGCAAGGAGAGAGGGGUCUCCCAGGUAACUCCCUAGAGGGACCCAAGGGGGAGAGGGGAGAAACAGGACAACCUGGAGAAGCAGGAUCCCAAGGAGCACCGGGACACCCUGGUGUGCCAGGCAGAGAUGGACUAAAAGGGGAGAAAGGAAACCAGGGAAACCCAGGCUUCCAGGGAGAGGCGGGACACAAGGGUGACCCAGGAGUACCUGGUCUGCCUGGACAGCCUGGCCUUCCAGGUAUCGACGGACAGAAGGGUGAGCAGGGACUGCAGGGUGUCCACGGCUUUCCAGGUACAAAGGGAGAUAGUGGUGAAAUUGGAUUCAAAGGAGAAGUUGGAGACAGAGGAUUCCCAGGAGUCAAGGGUAAUGUAGGCCCACCUGGCCCCCCUGGCCCCUCUAUCUUCAUCAAGGGAGACAUUGGGUUCCCAGGAACUCAAGGCUUACCAGGACCUCAAGGACCCAGUGGGUUCCCUGGACUGAAAGGACAACAAGGACUGAUAGGAUCCCCAGGGCCAAAAGGUGAUGAUGGACUUCCUGGAUAUAACGGCCGGCCUGGAGCCAAAGGAGAGCCUGGUCUGCAGGGCCCACAGGGACCAAGAGGACACCCCGGCCCCCCAGGACCUGAUGGUGUUCCAGGUCAAGUCGGCCCACCUGGCCCCUCCUCCAUGGAGCAUGGUUUCCUGGUAACCCGUCAUAGUCAAUCAGAGGAGGUUCCUUAUUGUCCAGAGGGAACAUCGCUCAUAUAUGAUGGCUACUCCUUGCUUUAUGUGCAAGGAAAUGAGCGGGCUCAUGGACAGGACUUAGGUACAGCAGGAAGCUGUCUAAGGAAGUUCAGCCCAAUGCCAUUCCUGUUCUGUAACAUCAACAACGUGUGCAACUUUGCCUCCCGCAAUGACUACUCGUACUGGCUUACUUCCCCUGAGCCGAUGCCUAUGAGCAUGGCACCUAUCACUGGUGAAAGCAUCAAACCUUUCAUCAGCAGGUGUGCUGUUUGUGAAGCUCCAGCCAUGGUGAUAGCGGUUCACAGUCAGACCAUUAUGAUCCCAUCAUGCCCUCAGGGCUGGGACUCUCUGUGGAUCGGCUACUCCUUUGUCAUGCACACCAGUGCAGGUGCUGAGGGUUCAGGCCAGGCUCUGGCCUCUCCUGGAUCCUGUCUGGAGGAGUUCCGCAGUGCCCCGUUCAUCGAGUGUCACGGUCGUGGAACCUGCAAUUAUUACGCUAACUCCUACAGCUUCUGGCUCGCCACCAUUGAAGAUAGUGAGAUGUUCACGAAACCUGUCCCAACAACACUAAAAGCAGGAGAUCUCCGAACACACAUAAGCCGCUGUCAAGUGUGUAUGAAGAGGACAUAAACUCAACACCAGCGGCUUCUGUGUAUCCCAACAACACGUGCUGACAUCCUCCACUUGCCCUUACUUCGUGUUUCCAAAGGAUGGUGCUAUUUCCCUGCACGUGUGAGAGGAAAAGGGACAGUGAUUUGGUUUGAAGAACAGCCGGAGAUUGAACACAACGAUCCAGACCAAGCGGCCUUUUGCUCCGUGCAGAACACUUUACUAACAUGAUCACAGAAUGUCUCUAAUGAAUGGCACCAAGUUUACCGCUGCACUGAAUACACAGCCCCUAAACUGGUAAACUGGUGUUCAUUUUGAAAGGGUUGUUUGUGUAGGUCUGGUGCUACUCAAUGUUACUUAUCUGCCUUAUUCCCUUUUGUUUUUUAUGUCGAUCUUUCUCUCAGUGCCACCCCUUUCAAAGAUAUAGCCGCAUCUCUAUAUAGAUUGACACACUUUUUUAUUCUUUACUUAUUUUAAGGAUGGGACUUACCACUCGCUACAGAUGCAUGUCAUUCCCUAAAUCACCAUUAUUGUCCAGACACAUAGAUAUAUAACAAUCACACUGUUGUAAAUAUAAUGCAUUCCUCUCUAACAUAGUUCUACAUACUCUCCUCAGGUUAUUAUUGUGUGUUAUUUAGUCCUUUUUUUUAUUUAUGAGAUUUAUGAGAUUAUGUUUGUUGUAUCCAAGAUUCAAAGAUAGAAAAACAGUGUUUCCAUGUCUGACAAUGCCGCCUUAGUAAGAUGCAGUACAGCACUGAAAUAGCAGGGUUAUGCAUGAGGGUGCGUGUGUAUGUAAGUGUACAUAAAUGAAUGGAUUUUAGCCGUGUGGAUGUGAUGUUUGUUUGCUGAUGUCUGCAUUUGUGUUGUUGCACAACUCCAAAAAAAAAGAUAAUUUUCCGCUCAUGAAUACUGUCAGAACAUUGUUUAUAACAGCUGCCUGAUCCCAAAGAAAUGCACAUGUAUAUAUACUUACACUUAACAUGUAGUAGCUCUUUCUUGUAUACUUGAUUGUUCCCAUUUGUGAAUUAAUUUUUCCCCAUCAUGUUUCAUUAAGAGUGAAGCUGUUUUAUCACAGAUAGAUAAAGAGCCUGUACUAUGAAUCAGAAUUUUCAGUAAUCAAAGUAACUUUAGGGUUAACUCUGGGUUUUCAGGAUUAUGAGGAUUGAUCACUCUUUUCCCUGUGGGUUCCACCAUGGGUCCAGGCACUCCUGGGGGGGUGCUUAAGAUCUGGGGCCCUGUCUGCUCUGACAUUAUCUAGAUUAGAUGCAUAUAUUUUUUAAAAAUCCCAAUAAUAAACAUAAUGUAUGAUGGCAUAUAAGAGCCACCCUCAAAAAUUAAAAAUGAUAAUGAGGAUACACCAACUUUCUAGGAAAAAAAGUUGCAAUUUUUUGGGAAAAAAAAACACUUUUUAAAAAAAAAAAAAAUUGUAAAUUUGCAGGAAACCAAACUAAGAAAUUUUGAGUUUAAAAGGAAAGAAAUUCACGAGAAAAAAUUUCAACGUAUGUGAUUUUGAAAAAAGUUUUACAUGUUGACAUUGUCGACUCAAAAAUGACAAGUUUUUAAAGUCAUAAUUUCACAACACUGGUAGGUCAAAACGUAUGAGAAACCAGACUGAAAGCAGUGGUUUGAUGGCCACAGUUUACAGAAAUGUCUCCUCUUAGUCCAGAUGAUAAUGUGAAGAUUCUGGAAUAAAAUCCAAAGUAUUUCCUGACUUCUAAUUCCCGGCAAGAAGUAUAAUUGAAUCAGACUCUCAACUGGACUUGUGCAAGAAAAACAGCUUUAUCUGGUAUGAUUUUUGUCCACACAGUCAGCUAUUUUUGACUUCAUAAUCUCAAAAGUUGUACGUUUUGGUUCAGAUAAUAUUUUGUUAAAAAUUCAAUUUUUACCCCAUGUAAAUUUAAGAGUUUUUAAACUUGAAAAUUUUGUUCAGAUCCUUUUUUUUAAAUUUCAGAGUGGCCCUAAUAUGCUGGUGUAAUAAUGAAUAUUUUUAAAGUGAUAUUCUAUCUGGAACAAAUGUAUGAAGGUCUAUUAUUUUGGGAUUUUUCCAAUUAAAACAAUUGAAAAUUAAUGUUUAAUUUCUCCAAGUGGGUGGGGGGGCUAACUUAGCUUUUCUUAGAUACAAAUGGGGGGCCUGGCACACACUAUGAGGUUUUAAAAUCUGAACCUAUUAUACAUGACUACAAAGAAUGAAAGCUUUAAAAGUUUUGUUCUGGUAGCAUAAUGUCCAAUAAGAUGACAAGCAGAGUAAAGAAGCUAACAUAGCUAGCUGUUAGCUCCAUGCUGUAUCUACAGUGUCUAACCCUCCUCUCUGCUCAGCGGUUCAGAUGUGGCAUGUUUGACAGGACAAACGUGUUGUUACCGUGAAUCGAAAAAGUAGUCCUUAAUUUCUGAUUCCAAUGGACUUAAUGUGUUUACUAUUAUUGCCAUGGCUGUCUUUGUUGUGCUUCCUUCUUCAGUCAGCUUGCUCCCUGAUUGGCUAUCAUCACAUUCCAUGUUACAAUCCACACCACACAAUGCAUGCUUUGUGUUCUCCACCAAACAACAGGAUUUCUGAUUGUAAAUAUUGAAAGUGUUAAACAUGAAUAAAAAUUAUGAUUUGACACAAUAAUCCUUAGAGCUAUCAGAUAACCAGGCAUUUUGUGACAUUGGUCAGAGGAGAGGGCUCAAAAUCAGCCCAGUUAUCUUGUAAUGCAUAACUCACCCUACGGCAACCUGUAUGACACUUUGCCUAUCGAUCUCUAUGUCAUGAAGGCCUGAGAGCUGAAUGCAGGAGGGGAGAAGGGAGACAGAGACCAACAAUUUGAGCUUCCCAUAUAUGCUCUGAAAAAGCCCAAAAUGUUAUGAAUCAAUUUGUUUAAAAUACACCUUAAUUUGCUCAGUAACACCUGGUAAUUUUGCUUAUGUCAGACCUUCCUUCUUUUGUCAAGACCAAAGAAUGUACAUCUCUCACAGACAUCACAUCUGUCUGAAUAGAAAUACAUGCUAAAACUUUCAAAGUAGAAUGGGACUAAGCUUUUGGUUAGGUAAGGAUGCAAGGUUAAGGUAAGGAUGAAAAUACAUAAAGUUCAAAGUUAGAAACCUGUAAAACCUUAUCAUAAAAUGUAAAGAGUAAUCAAUAUGUUACAGAAAAAGCUCCCCCUCUAUGUAAAUGUUAAAAUGUAGCAAAUGUAGCUUUGUAGCUCUGUUACCUCAGUAUGCAACAGUGAUAGGUAGCUUACGUAGCCAAAGCUAGAGCUCUUGAAGCUACAAAGCUAAAAUAAGCAACAAAAGCUACUUUAUCUACAUAACUUUUGUAGCUACAUUACCUUUAGCUAUGUUUCUAAAGCUCCCAUUGCUAAAGCUAACUUAGCUACAUUGGCCUACAAAGUAAUGUUAACCUUGUAGCUAAAGUAAAGAGAGCUUCCGUUUGUGAAUCUACUUCUAAAACAUAAUUCACACCCAAAUCAGACCUCCAACCUUUAUUCUGUUUUAUUUAUGAAAUGUGUCUCAGUCUGUGGUAAGUUCAUGAAUGUAACUGCCAGACUUUGUUUAUGACUAAAGCUGAAUUUCCCCAAAAAUUGCAGACUCUUACAGGGGCUGCCUGAGAUCUCUUCCUUUUGUGACUGCAGUUGUGUUGAUUUUAGUCUCCUGUAGCGAUGUGUCUACAUGUUCACAAAGACGUAUCAGGUUAAUAACCAGCUUCACUUGUUAUGAUCCCCUAUGUCAGGGUUAGUGGGGCCAGGUAACUGAAGUUAGUUUGGGUACUCUGAACUGGAUUAGUAGUACAGGCCCCAGGAGAACAGUAUUUAUGUUUGCUAUACAUGUUUUGAUACUUUAAAGCUCCUGAGUUGCAUGAAUUCAACUUAAUUUCAUCAGGAUGAUGACAUCUUGGAUCACAAAUAAAGCUUCUGUCCCUUAAAGAACUUUUAAAGACACAAAGUUUUCUACUCCUCUGACUGUAUUUUGUUUGUGUGUGUGCUUGGUCAUGUUAAAAUGCUCCAUGAAGUUUUUACAUUAUAGGCAGUGUUGCUAUCAAAAUAAACUUGACCACAAU